AUGAAGAGCAACUAUAAGGAGCAGUGGCUGCAGGCAAUGAAGAGCGAGAUGAAGUCGCUUGAAGAACACAGAACAUGGAAGCUAGUGGACAUGCCACCGGGCAAGAAGGCCGUAGGCUGCAAGUGA